GCAACUUGCAAGGGUCUUGAAGCGACAAAGGAGUGGCCGCAAUCUGGUCAUGACAACUUGAGCUGUUUGCGAUACACCGACGCAUUCACCGCACACAUCAAGGCCCCCGCGCUGCAUACAUCGCUGUCGACUACCACCGCCCUUGGACGACACUCCGCCGCCGCUGCACGAAAAUCGGCGCUUUCGCACGCACGAACGUCCCCGCCUUGCCCCCCUCCACCGCCAGAGACGAGUAGACAGCAACCACUGCGACAAUGGCCAACGACGAAUACGAUUUCCUCUUCAAGGUGGUGCUCAUAGGCGACAGCGGUGUUGGAAAGUCCAACUUGCUUUCGCGAUUCACCCGCAACGAAUUCAACCUCGACAGCAAGUCCACCAUCGGCGUCGAGUUCGCUACCCGCAGCAUCCAAGUCGACAACAAGACCAUCAAGGCCCAGAUCUGGGAUACUGCCGGUCAGGAGCGUUAUCGCGCUAUUACUUCAGCAUACUACCGUGGAGCUGUCGGUGCCCUCCUCUGUUACGACCUCACAAAGAGCCAGACAUUCGACAAUGUCACGCGAUGGCUGAAAGAGCUGAGAGACCAUGCCGAUACCAACAUUGUGAUCAUGUUGGUGGGUAACAAGAGCGAUUUGAGGCAUCUCCGUGCAGUGCCUACCGACGAUGCGAAGGCCUUCGCCGCAGAGAAUGGACUGUCAUUCAUCGAGACGUCUGCACUUGACGCAAGCAACGUCGAGCUCGCCUUCCAGCAAGAAUUGACUGAGAUCUACCGGAUUGUGUCGUCAAAGGCACUCGACAACGACGCCGGAAGUGCGGGCGCUCCAGGCCAGGGCACAUCGAUACCUCUAUCGUCAAGCAACCCUCCAGGAGGAGAUGCCAAGAAGGGCCAAUGCUGUUAAACAGCACAUUCCACUUUCGAUACCCGAUUAUACAUAGUAGGGAUGAUGCAGCAGGUCUUGGUCGGGCGAUUUUGGAUGAAGCAUGGACGCGUGGCCUGUGGACUGGCUCCGAGCGCAGCGAAAGGAGUUCCAGGCGUUUUUCAGGUAACGGCUCUUGUCAUGCUAUGCUGAAAGAUACGAUGUGGAAGACUACGGAUAAUGACUGAUACAACUUUGCCAAUGAUUCCUGGUCUGCAACACUGUGCUCGUAUUGGGUGCUGCCUGGGAGAAACUUUCCGCCGCACUUCGUACAAUAAACUAGGUGCUGACCCGUUUACUACUACCCAGCAACUUUUGACAGGUAUGGACAACUCAACGCUAAUGCCUAUGGGAGAGAUAUGUAGCGGACGAAGCCGCAUAGAGAUGUACAUGCCUGGUGUUAAAAUCACCGCGCUCUAU